GGUAUAAAAGCAGGAUAAUCUUACUUGUGUCGCAAUAGUAUUCUCCUCAUCAAAGGCGCAAAAGACGUUUAAAAUGUCUCAAAAGCUCGUGAUCAUUGGCCUUCUCGGCGUUCUGUUCGGCACGUGCGCUGCCAACGUCUGCAUCGAUGCCGGACUGGAAACAACGGAUGGCUUCCUGCCCAACGCGACCGAUUGCACCAUGUACGUCAGCUGCUUCAAGGGACUCCCGUACGACAUGGCCUGUCCGAUCAAUUACUUCUUCGAUCCUACCCUGGUGAAGUGCAGCGCCACGUACGUCUGCCCCGCUCCGAGCACGUGCCCGGAAACCGGAAUCGUCAAGCAGCCCGUGGCCGGAGUCUGUGCCGAGUACUCGUUGUGCAUUGACGGAACGGCCUACCCGAAGACGUGCGCUGCUGGACUGGCCUUCAGCGAGGCUAAGCAGAACUGCGUGUUGGCUGCAGAUGCCGGGUGCAUCGAGAACAAGUGCGCCACCAUUACGACCGAUCCGAAAAUCUACGGUGAUGAUGUGUGCAGUGCAAAUUACUACAUCUGCGAUAAAGCUGGGGAACCGAUUGCCUUUACCUGCGAUACUGGACUCAUCUUCGACGCAACCGUAUUGGAUUGCAUUGUUGGAGAGUGCCCAGUCGUGUAAAAGUCGUGAUUGAAUACGAUUUGUGCAUGGCUACAAAUUGACUUCGUUGUACUGAAAGCUGGAUGCAUAUUUGUAAUAAACAAAAGUAUUAUCUUUAACCAAA